AUGUUCUCCUGGAACGAGCAGCAGUGUGCAGUUUUCAGCAGAGAAUCUCUUGAGGCUUCUCUUGAGACACCACCCUUGCCAGGGCUGGAUGCUGCAGCAGGGGGAGCAGCAGCAUCAGAUGUGCAACAAGGGCUCUUGACAGCCGUUGAGGCAUCAGGGCUUAUUCUUCCCCCCGCAGACGAAACCUCCACGCCAGUGCUUGCUGCCGCUGCUGCCUCUGCUGCUGCAGCGCGCAGCAGAUACAGUAUCCUCGUGGGGGAGAAGGUGUGCCUUCACAGCCACGUCACGCCGAGCUUCAUCGCCGUUGCCUCUGCUGCUGCUGCCUCUGCCUCUUCUGCUGCCUUUGCCUCUGCUGCCUUUGCCUCUGAAGAAACAGAAUGGUUUCCAUGGGCAGCCUUCUUUUCGAAGGCGGCAUGCUCCGCGGGAGCGUCGCCUUCCCCGUCUCUCUGCAAAGCGCUUAGACAGCUUGUUCAGCACCAAACAGCGCGUGGCGUCUACCCCUCCGAGUGGCUAGGCUACGAGGGCUUUGCUUUCCCUGAACAAUUCAGCUUCCACCCUGCCAGCGGCACUUGGCCGUAUCGCUCACCUGCUGCAGCAGCAGCAGCAGAGACAGACCUGGAAGGAAAAGGGGAUCUUGUUGCCGCUACACACAUACUUCGCGUGCUGCAUCUCCCAAACAGUUUGGCAGAGAGGCUCCUGUCUAUCCUUGACGCUUUUUUCCUUUCUUUCGCUAAGCAGAAGUAUGGACAUGCGGGUGCCCUUGCACUGCAGCGUGAAAUGUGUGGAUGGCAAAUCUUUGAAUUUCCAGAGACAGCGCGAGCGCGUGGCGAUGGCUGGCUGCUGUUGCCGAGCUGUAUGAACUCUGCAGCAGUACUUGAGGCUCUCAGCACAGCCGCCGUUGCGGCUGGGGCUUUCCCCUGCGAGAAUGGGAACAGCAUGAUCUCCUCGGAUGUCGCAGCAUCGACACCACACGAAGAUGCUCAAAAAGACGCCUCCUGUUCGGCACACACAGCAGCGCCUAGCGGCUUGCUGCUGCCGCUAACUGCGUCUUGGCGACCUGCGAGCACCGCACUGAGCAGCAGCAAUACCAGCAACAUCAGCAACAAGAGCAGCAACAGCACUCCCAACACCGCUUCCAACAACACGAGCGACAAGAUGGGGGAGGAGGAACCCGAGGAUUCUUUGCCUUCUGUCUACUGUGGCCUUUAUCCGCUGCGCCUCUCGCACGAGUUUAUACAGCGGGAUUUGAGUUACAUAUGCUGCAUUGCGAAUCACAUGGUACUGCAGCUUUUGCACCAAAUUGCAAGCCCCGAAGCAUGCAGCAGCUGCAGCAGCAGCAAGGGAUGCUGCUGCUGCGUGAUCAGCAGCGUCCCCCCCGGCUCGGAAGGUCCCCAGUGCGUCUGCGUUUGCAGCAGCAGCAAGAGCAGCAGCAGCUCGGCUUGGGCAGAAGCGUCGGAGAAGGUUAAAUUCGCGAAGACGGCAGCCGCGUGGACACGUUUCUUAUCGCCAGUGCGACUUCGACCCCCUCUUCCCUUCGCUGUACCCCCACGGGCUGCUCCCAGCGGCAGCACUGAAGCCACAGAAGGACAGGCUGUUCAGCCUCCUCUGUGCUCUCCAGAGCACUUCUUCGGCACCUUCUUCUUCAGCGCAGAGGGCUUCUUUUCGCUCCCUCCCCUCACGCGCUUCUUUUGCGACGCUAGCAGCUCCAGAAACGAAGAGGAGGCGCAGUUCGAGCAAGCGGCAGAAGCAGAUACGGCUGCGGCAGCAACGCUGCAAGAUCAAGAGACGCUGUGGAGGCCUCUUGGGGGUGAGCUCAAACGGCAGCACCAGCAGAAACUGCUGCAGCAGCAGCAGCAAAAACUGUUUGCAGUUGUCUCCGGGAGCUUUCCAACAAGCAAAGACCUUCACGGUCAGCCCGUAACUCCCGAAUUACUGCUGGAGCUACAGCAAGAGCAAAAAUUCAGAUUCGUUCCCUUGUCUACUUUCCUCUUUACUCCGCAUCACCGCCGCAGAGCCCACUUUUACACCUCUGCAGCCCCUGUAACUCGCCGCAGACACGCCCCCACAUAUCCUGAGCUGCAACAGCAACAGCCACAGGUGCACCAACAACAGCAAACACUGCUGCAGGAGCAACAGCCACUGCCGCUACAGCAACAACAACCUGAGCUGCAACAGCAACAGCCACAGGUGCAACAGCAGCAACCCCAGCUACAACAACAACAGCAACCCCAGCUACAACAACAACAACAACCCCAGCUGCAACAACAACCCCAGCUGCAACAAGCUGUUUGCACCGAAGAUAAGGGUCCAGAGCCUAAUGGGUUGCCUUUCUUCGUAGCAACCCUUCCACUGGAGCAUUCGCUCCAGCAACAGCAGGCACCAAUGCUGCAAGACAACGAAGGUCUCACGGCAGUGCCUGUUGCGAAUGUUGAGGCUGUCGAGUUGCAGCGCGAGCAGCAGGUGCAAGCGCAGCAUGCCGAUCAGGUGCCUCAGCACGAAACGCUCUCGCCACAGCAAAGGGAAACUCUGCAGUCUUUGCAGCAGCUGUUAGGGGAGGCUGCUGCGCCGCCCCUUGACCCCGUGGAGGUGUCUCCUAUCAGUGAAGACCAGGACGAGCCGCAGGGGGAAUAA